AUGGCGGAUCAGCGGCAGCGCUCUCUCUCUACCUCUGGGGAGUCUUUAUACACCGUGUUGGGGUUGGACAAGAAUGCCACGUCCGACGACAUCAAAAGAUGUUACCGGUGAGUUGUAAAGGGCCCUUUGCCUGUUUCCCCCCCCCCCCUCCUUUUCUAGUAUGUAGUAGGGCGUGGUUUAGUAAAUGUUCUGCCAAGGACAGUAGAUAUGUCUCCAAUGAGCAUCCCUUCUCCCACAAUCCCUUGUACACGCAGGAAGUUGGCAUUAAAGUAUCACCCCGACAAGAACCCCGAUAAUCCUGAGGCAUCUGAAAAAUUCAAGGAGAUCAACAACGCCCACGGAAUUCUGACAGAUGCCACGAAAAGGAAUAUUUAUGACAAGUACGGAUCCCUGGGCCUGUACGUGGCCGAGCAGUUCGGAGAGGAGAACGUCAACACAUACUUUGUGCUAUCCAGUUGGUGGGCCAAGGUGAGGAUGGGUGCCAGGAGGACACUUGGUGUUAGUGCUGUAGGAUCUGAGAGGUGGAUAGUGCUGGGUAUACCUGCUAUAUAUAUUAAUGGGAUAUACUGGAAUGCUGUAUAUUUAUUAGGGUACUCUCUGUUGUGGGAAUAUAUAUUGGGAUGCCACAGAUAACUGUGAGCUGUGUUAUGGUGUAGUGAAUAAUUGAGGUAUUUUUACAUUGAUGUGCAGUUUUAUAACUGAAUUUAAUGUGUAUUGUAGUUCUGGAAUGCAUUCGUUGGAGUGCUGUAUGCGUGCAAGGUGGUAUAUUGAUACAUAGUGUAUAGAAUGUUUGAGCUAGAGAUGACUGUGGGAUCCAUAUACCGAUGACUGUGAAAUGUAUUGAUUUGUGGUGUAAUAUAUGGCUGGAAAACGUAGUGGGUAACAUUUAGCUGUAGGUACAUUGCAGUAGCUGUGAAAUGUGCGCAGUCGUGUAUAUAUAGCUGUGGAUGCAAGUAUGAAAGUGUUUAAAGUGACUGCAGUCCCCUGGUGCUGUCCUUCCGUACAGCGUUUAACUGUUUUUAACCGCCUGUGCUACUUGAGCUAAUGAAGUCUUUGCCUGAGCAGCAAUGAAUGGCCGUGAUUGGCUUAGAUUAUUCGAUGGCCACAUUCAGCCUAUCACAGUGCCCAUUUCUGGUAUAAAUCAUUGACUAGAAUGAAGUGUAUAAUCUCCAGUAGGGUGUGGGCUGUAGGCGGCCUUAUUUAGUUUUAAACGGAUCGAAAUUGAUUUAACACCGAAUUGAGAGAAAGCGCCAGAGGACUCUAGGCACUAUAACCACUUCAAUUAGAUGAAAUGAUUAUAAUACCCACAGUGUAAAGGCAGGGGUGUAUAUGUGUGUUAAAUCAGUGAAUACAGAGGGGUAUUUGUGUGGAGUUUCAUAUUAUGUGUAGAUGCAUAUUAAAUAUAGGUUUGUGUGUGUGUGAAUGCAGGUUUGCAUUUAUGUGGAGGGGCAAUGUGUGUGAAUGCAGGCCUGUAUUAAUGGGGAGGGGCCAUGUGUGUGAAUGCAGGGCCGCAUUUGUGCAGAGGGACGAUUUGUGUGUGAAUGCAGGGCUGUAUUAAUGGAGGGGCAAUGUGUGUGAAAUGUUGGACUGUAUUAAUGGGGAUGAGCGAUGUGUGUGUGAAUGCAGGGCUGUAUUAAUGGGGAGGGGCGAUGUGUGUGAAUGCAAGGUUGUGUUAAUGGGAAGGGGCGAAUGCAGGGUUGUAUUAAUGGGGUGGUGUGUGUGUGAAUGCAGGGUUAUAUUAAUGGGAAGGGGCGGUGUGUGUGUGUGUGAAUGCAGGGUUGUAUUAAUGGGGAGGGGUGGUGUGUGUGUGUGUGUGAAUGCAGGGUUGUAUUAAUGGGGAGGAGUGGUGUGUGUGUGAAUGCAGGGUUGUAUUAAUGGGGAGGAGUGGUGUGUGUGUGUGUGUAUGCAGGGCUGUAUUAAUGGGGAGGGGUGGUGUGUGUGUGUGUGUGUGAAUGCAGGGUUAUAUUAAUGGGAAGGGGCGAUGUGUGUGUGAAUGCAGGGUUAUAUUAAUGGGAAGGGGCGAUGUGUGUGUGAAUGUAGGGUUGUAUUAAUGGGGAGGGGUGGUGUGUGUGUGUGUGUAUGUAUGAGAAUGCAGGCCUGUAUUAAUGGGGAGGGGCGGUGUGUAUGUGGUGGGCUGUGUUUGGAUACAGAUGUAUUUGCACCCCUAUCCCUCUCCACGUCUCUGCCCUGCUCCUUCUCUAAUGGUAAUCUGUGUUUUGGGGUGCUAUACAUGGCUUAGUAUGUAUAUAUUUAGAUGCUGUCCAUAGCAGUGAGCGAUAUGUACUUACGUGUUGCAGACUAAUGACUGUGGGAGCAUAUAUUGCGGUGCUGUGGAUAACCAUGGGGUGUAUAUCUAUUGUCAUUCAUGGUAUAAAUGUGGGCUCCCCCUUUCUCCAGGCACUGUUCAUGUUUUGUGGACUGAUCACCGGCUGUUACUGCUGCUGUUGUCUGUGCUGUUGCUGUAAUUGCUGCUGUGGAAAGUGCAAACCGCGACCACCAGAGGGCGACGAGCCAGACUUCUAUGUGUCACCUGAAGACCUGGAGGCACAGCUACAGUCUGACGAGAGGGGUGAGUGUGACUUUUAGUACUUCCUAGUUUAUGCUUUAUUAUUCACUAUUUUUUUCCCCCUCAGAUACCUCUUGUCUGUAGUCCUUCGAGCUUCGCCCACUCCUCUCCUGUCCUUCUCUUUUCCCACCUCCCUAAUCCUGACAUGUUCUGUCUCUCAGCAGACACCAAUGAUGGCCCUGUUCUGGUACAACCCAGCUCUGCCACAGAAACCACACAACUCACCAGCGACUCCCACGCCAGCUACAAGACCGAAUCGUUCAACUGA